AGAGCACUUUCAACUGUUUCGUAAGUUCAUUUCCGUCAAAAAAUCAAAUUAUAUAUUUUUAAACAUACGUUCAAAAUUAUUAAGCAAAAAAAUAAAGAAAAAUAUUUGAAAGAAUUCGAAAUAUACACAACAAUAUUGCCCAAAUAUGGUAUCACUUGUGAUUUUGUUGAUAAUUGUUUAACACGCAGGCGCCGUUGUAAUAGUUUCAUUCAAUGACAGCCAAUCAGCGAAAUUGCACUUCUACGAAGAAAGUAUAUUUUUUUGCUAAAAACCAAACGCUAUGCUGCAUCAUCAAUUUUGGAUAACGAAAAAAACGGUGCAGCGUAAACUGGGCACCAAAGAAGAUGCACACAUCAUCUCAUCGGAUGCCGAUCUCGAUGCCAAGAUUGAGGUGUACAAGUCGAUAGCAAGCACCAGCUUUGAACUGGGAAAAAUCAUUGACCAGCUGCAAGAGCGAUUGUGCAUACUGUCACAGGAGGAAUGUGUUUUCGGGCGGUUCCUCAAAGAAGCUGGUAAACGUAGCAAAACUACGGGUCAAAGCAUAACAAAUACGGGCAAAGCAGUGUCAUACAGUGGGCAACAACGUAUGUGUGUGCGUGUGCCAUUGCUACGGCUACAUCAUGAGGUCGAAGUAUUUCGCAGUCGCGCCGUUUGUGAUACACAGGCCACAUUGCAAAUUAUGGAAAAAGAGCGCACUGAAUAUCGUGCAGCGCUUUCGUGGAUGAAGUCAGCCAGCACGGAAUUGGAUCCGGACACGGGUAAAGGUUUGGAUAAGUUUCGCACAGCACAGACGCAUGUACGCACGGCCAAGCGUAAUUUCGAUAGUCUCUCCAUGGAUUCCAUACAAAAAAUUGAUUUGCUGGCAGCGGCUAGAUGCAAUAUGUAUUCACAUGCAUUGGUUUCAUAUAUGAGUGAAUUGAAAGAAUUUGCACAAAAAACGUCCAGCACAUUUGAAACCAUAUCAAAGUCCUUGCUGCAGAAACCCAAAUAUGAUUUUUGUGUGCUCAAGGAGUUGACGCAGAAUGAAGGCAGUGUCGAUGAUGAGAAGAUAAAUGACAUCGUGGCAUUGGAUAAGGAUCAAUCUUUAUUUUUUGAGAGCGAAUAUAGCGAUGAGCAGGAUAGUAAAAGUCAAGUCCAAGCAACUAAAACUGAUAUAUUGGAUACGGUUGCGGCGCACGAUAAUACCCUCAUUGAGCUUACAGCAAAUGCUGUAGAUGACGAGCUUUUAAUACCAACCGAACCUGAAACUGAACAAAGCAACGCGUUUACGCAACAAAGCAUUUGGUCUGGCCUCUGGCCACUUGGUCAAGCUAUAGGUAAUGGCAACAAUAAUGCCAAAACAAAGACGAACGAGAAAACUAUUAAGGAUUUAAUGCCACAAAAUGUGAACACAAAUGAAAAUACAAACGCCGAGUCUCAUUCCAAAACAACGAAGUCGACUAAUUGGAUGGAUCUGUUCGCAGAAUUAGAUCCUUUAGCGAAUCCAGAGGCAUUUGAUUUGAAGUUGAGUGGUGGACGUUUGAAUGCGCAACAGAUUUAAGUUCAUUUAGAUAGUACAUUUAAUAUGGCGCAUGCAAAUGCAAAUACAAAAGUAUUUUUGUAUAUUGUCCCACGUACGUAAUGACUACAAAGAUUUUUAGGCUACUUUACUUUUUAAAGCAGAUGAAAAAUGUCUAGGCUAUGUAUAAGAUUUCUUAUUAAUUUCAAAUGCCUUUUUUUGUUGUAUGCCUUACCAAUCACCGGAAAGUGUAUGUUCAGUUGUAUGUUUAGUAUAUCAAACUUUUAUCAACUUUUAAACUCGAUCAUUCCAGUUAAUGCAAAUUAAGUAAAUUACAAAUUGUAUUGGCUGUCAGUAAGCAGUUAUAUUUAUUGUAAGCGACAUUGACACUUCACAAUUAACUAGUGCUGUAUUGUCGCCAUUCAAAGUACAAGUAUAAUGCGCCAUUAAUCAUAUUACUAUUACUCUCUAUAUGAUUUAACGUGUUUAUUUGAAUUAUAUUACAUAAAAUCCAUUUAAAGGGACAAAUAAAUAAUCAUUAUUGUGUAUAUGAUGAUUUAAUCAUUUGACCGAUUGCUGUGCCU